UCCAGCAUUUCAGCCCUGACGCCGGAGCGCACCGGUUUACAGGCGACCUCAGAGGCGCUGCUGUGACAGAACAGUUUGCAAUGGACACGUCUGCACCGGAACCGAGGACCACUGAGGUUUGUGAGGUGGAGGAGGCAGAAGAAGCUGUAAGCUUGAGGAGAAGUAGUAAAUCGUCAGUUUCUAUUUAAUUCCUGCCUUUACGCAGGGUGGAGAGGCAGCGCGAUCCGCCGCCUGACAGUAAUCCUCUGCCCGGGAGGAGCAGGGAAAGCCCUUUCAAGGCUGAGGCAGAGUGAGGGAGGGAGAGUUUUAAGUCGGAUGGGGAACGAGAGAGUUGUCAUAUUCGGAGCUUUUGCCCUGCCACUCGAGGUUUAACGGGGCGACUCUCAUUCAAGCUUCUGGGAAUUAACUUCGCACCAUGAGCGGACCGACGGACGUUCAGUACCAGUCGAGCCUCUAUGGAGGAAACAGCAGCAGCAGCUCUCCCGUCUCCAGCCGUGGAAAUUCACCCAUCGUGUGUGAGCGCUGUGGGGAGGUUUGUCGUGGGGAGGUGGUGCGUGUGAAGAACACACACUUUCACGUUAACUGCUUCACUUGCAAAGUGUGCGGCUGUGACUUGGUGCAUGCGGGUUUCUUCCACCAUUCUGGUGAGUACAUCUGUACAAAGGACUACCAGCGGCUCUAUGGGACCCAGUGUGACAGCUGUAACCAGUACAUCACCGGAGAGGUGGUGUCUGCCCUGGGGAGAACGUACCACCCAGACUGCUUUGUCUGCAGCAUCUGCAAAAGCCCAUUUCCAAUUGGAGACAGAGUGACCUUCUGUGGGAAAAAGUGUGUGUGUCAGCAGUGUUCACUUUCUCUGAACAGCGACAAGCCCGUCAAGGUCCACGGACCAAGCUACUGUGCCGGCUGUGGUGAGGAGAUCAAACAGGGUCAGUCUCUGCUGGCUUUGGAGAGACAGUGGCACGUCAGUUGUUUUAAAUGCCGAACAUGCGGCUGCGCCCUCACUGGAGAGUACAUCAGCAAAGAUGGGAUACCUUACUGUGAGACUGACUACCACAGUCAGUUUGGGAUCAGGUGUGAGAGCUGUAACAGGUACAUAAGUGGCAAAGUACUUGAGGCUGGAGGAAAACAUUACCACCCCAGCUGUGCGAGAUGUGCCCGCUGUCACAUGAUGUUCCUAGAAGGAGAAGAAAUGUACCUGACAGGUUCAGAGGUUUGGCACCCCAUGUGUAAAGAAGCAGCUCGGCUGGAGAGGAAACUGAGGCUGAGACGUACCUCCGAGACAGCAUCCAUUUCUCCUCCAGGCUCCUCUCCUCUGCUUGGCUCUCCUCACCGGCUCAUCUGUGCUAAGGGUGAUGGGGAUGUUUUGGAAUAUAAGCAGGUGGCAGCACUUCCCAGGGUUAAAGCCAUAUAUGACAUUCAGCGGCCCGACAUUAUUCCUUAUCAGGCCGACCAUGCACAGACCCACCUCUCAGAUGACACUUUGGAGAGAUGCAACCGUAGGCAGUCAUUGGGCUCCUUAUCACCAUACUCUCAUGAUCUCUUGGAUGGCAUGGAGUUAAGAACAAGACGUUCCUCCAGCUCCCCCUAUACCGACUCACCUGCACACAGUCGUCACGGAGGCUCCCCACUGCAUUAUUAUGUCCCUGCUUCUGAAGAAACUAACAUCUAUAGAAAACCACCCAUCUACAAGAGACAAGAAAUAUCAGCCUCUCCAACAGCCAAUAAGAGUAGGACCAAUGACAAUCUCACCAAUUCAAAUCGCCUUUCCACCUCAAACUGUAACAGCAUUUAUCACCCGAACUCCAACUACUACCCAUAUACUGGCUCUCCAAAAGUCUCCAGGGUGAGGAGGUUUUCAUCUGGAGGAGAGGAGGAUGGACUGAAUCAUAAUAUAAACAGGGGAAUUGGCAGAUUGAUCCUGAAGGAGGAGAUGAAGGCACGAGCAGGUUGUCACGACAAUGACCAGUGGGGUAGCAGACACAGCUCCCGCUGUAGCAGCAAGGAGGCGCUGAGCAAUCUGGGAUACAGCUCCCUUAAUGGCUCUCCCAGGUCCCUCUGCAGCGCUGACAGUGACUCCUACAUUGCCAAAUCAGCCUCGUUGCCAGGCUACGGCAGAAAUGCACUGAACAGGCCUGGGAGUGUUGGUGGAGAUUAUUACCAGUAUGACAGCACUAAUGCAGUUAAUUGGCAGAUAAGAGAAUAUAAGAUCUACCCAUAUGAAGCCCUUGUGGUGUCAGUCAGAGGGCAGCAGCGCCUCCCCAGUGAUGUGGACCGAGCCAGACUAGAGCGUCAUCUCUCCCCAGAGGAGUUUUAUAGAGUCUUCAGCAUGUCCAUGUCUGCCUUUGACCGUCUUGCUCAGUGGAAACAAAAUGAACUGAAGAAACAGGUCAGACUCUUCUGAGAAAAGUCAACAGAUCCUUUCACUGAACCCAGCUUGAGUCCAUGGCUCAGCGGAAGAAGAACUGAACAAAAUAAGAAGGCAGAAGAGAGAUGUUCUUGGCUUGUUGUAGCUGCUGUGUGUUUGGACUUCUUAAGCAAUGUUUGUGAAGUCUGCCAAGUGGCCAAAAUUGAGGAAAAAUCCCCACCAAGAAGGGAAAACUGAGUGGUAGAAAACUAAAAGAGGAGCAGAGAGCUUCACUGGAGCUACAACGGGUUGCUUGUGCCUCUCCUACCAGCAGAUGGCAGUGUGUUUACACGAGCGUUACAGUUUUUGUCUGAACUACUGAUGUGCUUUUUAAGAAACUCCAGGUCUGCCAAAAAAACGUGUAUUCUUAUGAAGUAUGUCAGCUGUUCUAGAAUCUAGUUUUGGGGGGUGAGAGUUGCUGCAAAGUCUGAUAAACUGGCAAGACAAGAAAAUGAGCACUGUGUGAUUCUCAGCAUUGGGGUUACUGAACAUGGUGUAUAAAUAAUGUGUUUUUAUAAUGUGCACAUCUUGAAAACCAAAGGUUUUCGUCUACAUUUUUCAAACAACAUGUUUGAUUUUUGAUGUCAGUAUUUCUGAAGCCAUAUUACACACUUCUUUUCUACAUGUGCAAGCAGACUGGACAGUCCAUUGACGUUUGCUUUGAAAUGACAUUUGACAUAAAUAAGCUGCGUCAUGGCUCAGAGCUGGGAGGUGUUAGUUUAGAAGUGGGGGUUUAGUACUAUACACUUUAAAAUAAGAUGUGUGCGUUUCACUUAUAUAUGGAAAUCCAAGCUUUUUGUUCGUAUUUGCAGUUAUUCUCAAGAAACAAGCCCGAAAUUCAGAUGCUGGACAACAGUUGAAACACUUUUUUUCUGACGUGUUGUGUAUGUGUGAGGGUGUGAGUGUAUGACUGACGAUGGUAAACAGUUAAUCAAGAAUUAUUUUUUUUAUUAAUAUUUAAAAGCCAUCUGAACAAAGUGAAGAACUCUGAAUAUAAGGAACGCCAAGAAAGGAACUAUUGAAGGAAGAAAUAUGAAAAUAUGAAGUAAAGGUUUGUGUUUGUGAUUAACAGAUGCAAUAUGUAGUGACUGAGCUGAAAGUGGUCUAAUUAAAACAAAAAUCACUGGAUAGCUGUUGCAAAGAAUGACUCAAGUUUGUUUUAACUGGCUGUAAAAGGUGAAGUAAUGCCGUUGAACCAAGUGGAGGGUUUUUGUGUUUACAGGCUGCAGCAAUUAAUCACAUAUACAACGUUUGCCUUUUUGUUUAUUGGAGUUUUCAUUUACAGCCUAAUGUCUUUUACUGCUACUCUUAAAUAAAUGAUG